AAUUUUUGUUUCUUAAAAACACCCAACCCAAACCUUCUCUAAAUAUCUUUUAAUAAAUAAGAUAAAUAAAUACAAUUCUGAACUAGGGUUUCGUUCCAUAGAUCCCCAAUCUUCUUUUUCUAGGGUUUUUUCGUCUCUCUCGGAUGCGCCACCCUUCUCUCUCUCUCUAUAACUACUGCAUCUAAUUUCCCUCCAAUCCUCCUCCCUUUUCCUCUAUUGAUUUGGUCCUUUCUUUAAUUGGGUUUCGUUUGAUUCGCAUCUUCUGUAAAAUUUCUUAUCUUUUUUGUGUUUUUGAUCCGUUGAAUAUCUGAAACAAUGCCUCCGAGAACGGCGAAGAAAACCGCCGCUGGGCCGGGGACGAAGCGAGGCGGUAGAACCACCCGCGGAACUCCCAAGGCGCAGAAGGAGGCGGCCAAAGUCGAGGAGGUUCCAAUUGACGUGAAGGAGGAGAUCAAGAUUCCGGAGAUUGUUGAAGAAAAGCCUGUGGAGAGCAAAGUGCCCGAGCCUGAUACCGAGCCUGAGGCUGAUCCCGAACCUGAACCUGAGCCGGAGCCGGAGCCGGAGCCGGAGCCCGUGGCUGAUCCUGAGCCUGAGCCUGAGGUUGAUCCUAAAUCCGAGGUGAAAUUGGGGGCGAAUGGCCUGGCUUCUUCUAAGAAGGGAGACGAAGUGAAAGAGUCUGUUGAUGAAUAUGAAAAAGGUGAACGGUUGGACUUGGGGGAUAAUGAACCUGAAUCUGAACCUGAACCGGAAGAAUACGUUGGUGUAGAUUAUGAUGAGAAGGAAAUUGAACAGGAGGAUGUUCAGGAAGAGGGAGAUGAAGUUGAGGGAGAGGCUGAGGGGGAUGUAGGUGAAGAGGAAGAGGGUGAUAUGGUAGAGGAUGAAAUGGAAGAUGGUCCUGAGGAACUUGAGGGUGAGGAUGAGGUGCAUGCUGUUGAGGAGCAUGCCAAUGUGAUUGAUGCAGAGGAACAAGAACACCAUGACGUUUUUAAGGAGAGGCGCAAGCGGAAGGAGUUUGAAGUUUUUGUUGGGGGCUUGGACAAGGAUGCUACUGAGGAAGAUCUUAGGAAAGUCUUUAGUGAAGUUGGUGAGGUGACAGAGGUCAGACUAAUGAUGAACUCUCAAACUAAGAAGAACAAAGGAUUUGCUUUUUUGCGUUUUGCAACUGUUGAACAAGCAAAACGAGCUUUUACUGAGUUGAAAAAUCCAGUGGUCAAUGGUAAGCAAUGUGGUGUUACUCCUAGUCAAGAUAGUGAUACCCUGUUUUUGGGCAACAUAUGCAAGACAUGGACAAAGGAAGCUUUGAAAGAGAAGUUGAAACAUUUUGGAGUUGAUAAUAUUGAGGAUUUGACAUUGGUUGAAGACAGUAAUAAUGAGGGAUUGAAUAGGGGCUUUGCUUUCUUGGAGUUUUCUGCUCGUUCGGACGCCAUGGAUGCCUUUAAGCGUCUACAGAAGAGAGAUGUUGUGUUUGGAGUUGACAGGCCUGCAAAGGUUUCCUUUGCAGAUUCCUUCAUUGACCCUGGUGAUGAAAUCAUGGCUCAGGUUAAAACUGUGUUUGUGGAUGGUCUGCCUGCUUCAUGGGAUGAGGACCGUGUUCGGUUACUUCUCAAAAAAUAUGGAGAGAUCGUGAAGAUUGAGCUUGCUCGUAAUAUGCCAUCUGCCAAGAGAAAGGAUUUUGGUUUUGUUACAUUUGGCACCCAUGAUGCUGCAGUGACAUGCGCUAAAUGCAUUAAUAAUGAAGAGUUGGGUGAAGGAGAACACAAGGCUAAAGUGCGGGCCAGAUUGUCGAGACCUCUGCAGAGAGGCAAAGGAAAACACGUUGCUCGAGAUUUCCGACCUGGACGUGGGGCUGGACGAGGUGUCAGGGCUCCCUGGGGUCGUCCAGUUCCACGCAGCCUUCCUAUGCGUGGGGUUAGAGGAAUUGGAAGUCGUCUGCCACCUGCUGUUAGUCGUGGGGUGAAGAGACCAGUUACAUUUAGAGAUAGACGUCCUGUUAUGACCAUGCCGGUGAGAGGCAGGGCCUUAGCUCCUCCCCCAUCAAGGUCUUAUGAGAGGAGGCCACCUGUUCCUUCAUACCCCAAGAGUAGCUUGAAGAGGGAUUAUGGUCGUCGUGAUGAGCUUCCUCCUAGGGGCAGAGCUGUUGCUGAGUAUCCUUCCAGGGUUCCCGCAGAGAGGCGCCCAUCAUAUAAGGAUGACUAUUCCUCCCGUGGAUCUGGAUACUCAGAUUUGCCUAGGACUACGUCUCGUAAUGCAGCAAGGAGAGCUUAUGUAGAUGAGGGAUAUGGGCAAAGGUUUGAAAGGCCACCUCCAAGUUACCGUGAAGGACGCGGUCGUGAUUAUGACCCUAUGUCUGGGUCAAAACGGCCAUAUAGUGCAAUGGAUGAUGUUCCUCCGCGUUAUGCUGAUGCUGGAGUACGCCAGUCGAGGGCUCGUUUGGAUUAUGAACUUAGUGGUAGUGGUUCACAAUAUGGGGAUGCUUACAGUGACAGACUUGGGAGGUCUAGUCUGGGAUAUGGUAGCAGCAGAACUUCUCUCUCCAGUCAGGAUUCACAUGGGCUUUAUAGCAGUCGUCAGGGUAUGGGUUAUGGUGGAGGCUCUUUCAGUAGUAGUGAUGUUGGUGGGAUGUACUCAUCAAGCUAUGGUGGAGAUUAUGUGUCUCGUGGAUCUGAUGUUGGCGGUAGCUCUUACUCGUCAAUGUAUUCUGGCCGUGGAUUGGGUGGCGGUAGUUACAUGGGCAGCGGUGGUUCUGGAUCAUACUAUUGAGGCAUGGCAUCCGUAUCUUCAUCAUAAGAGCUGUGCUUGGAAAAAACAAGGGUGCAUUGUGGUUACUUGUGAAUUUAUCUAUGGCACAGAUUUAAGUUGACAAAGAGGCUGCCAUAGGAUGUGGAUUAUUCAAAGGUUAUGCACUAUGAUGCCUACGGAUGUGGAGAAGCCUAUUGCCAAGCAUAAUAGCCUCUUUUAUGGUUGAGAAGAGGAGAAUUUAGCUUUGAGUAAAGGGGUAUCUGUUACUUCAGGCCAUUGUAGAUCUAAAGUUUGGAUUCUGUCUACUCUUAUUUUGCUGUUGUAAGGAAAUCUGAGUUAUAUUUAGAGAUUAAAACAACAUAUGCUUAGUACGUUCCUUUGUGGUUUUUAUGAAUGCAAGUUUUUAUUCGCUCCAUCUCCAUGUAAUAUUUUACCUGAUGGACAAAGAGGAGGUAUGCGAACCAUAUGUUUCUAUGGGAAGAAAUUUAUGACAAGCUGCAAGGUGCCUUUAAUGUGGUUAA